GAGGCGCCGGGCGCCCCAUGAGGAGACACGAAUCAGAGAGAGCCCCGUGGAGCAGCCCCCACCAUGCACCCCGCCUGUGCCCAUCUCCACAGCAUCCAGGGCAGCGGUGGUGACUCCUCCUGCUCCUGCUCCUCGGCCAGGCUGCCUGCGGAGAGCCCCUGCCCCGGGGAUGUGCGCAUCCAGCUGGGCUCCGGCGCGCCGGAAUCCAGGGAAAGCCCGAGCUCCCGGGGCUCGCAGAGCCGCGGCCAUGGCGAGGCAGCCGGGCCCGAGGAUGCGGCUGCGGAGCCCGAGGAGCAGGGCGGGAGCUCCCUGGCCGAGCUGCGCUGCCUCCUGCAGUGGCUGCACAGGAGCCUGCCCUACCUCCUCAUCCUCGGCGUCAAACUCCUCGUGCAGCACAGCACUGGCAUUUCUCUUGGAAUUGGGCUGCUAACAACUUAUGCAUAUGCAAACAAAAGCAUAGUAAAUCAGGUUUUUCUCAGAGAACGGUGCUCCAGGCUGCAGUGCACGUGGCUACUGCUCUACCUGAGUGGCUCAUCCCUGCUCUUGUAUUACACCUUCCACUCUCAGUCCCUGUAUCACAGCUUAAUCUUCUUAAGCCCCACUGUGGAUUUUAUGAACUUUUGGGAGGUGCUUUGGAUUGUGGGAGUCACAGACUUUAUUCUGAAAUUCCUCUUCAUGGGCUUGAAGUGCUUUGUUCUCCUGGUGCCUUCUUUUAUCAUGUCCUUUAAAUCCAAGGGCUACUGGUACAUGCUGUUAGAGGAGCUCUGCCAGUAUUACCGUAUGUUUGUCCCCAUACCAGUGUGGUGCCGUUACCUCAUGGCCCAUGGGGAGCUGGACACUGCCCUGGGAUGGACCCUUGGCAUUCUGCUGGGCCUCCUCUACCUCAUCCUCAAGCUUUUGAGCUUUUUUGGACAAUGGAGAAACUUCAGGCAGGUCUUACGGAUAUUUUUCACACGCCCACACUAUGGGGUGCCAGCCAGCAAGAGACAGUGCUCUGAAUCUGAUGAUAUUUGUUCCAUUUGCCAAGCUGAAUUUCAGAAGCCUAUUCUGCUGAUCUGUCAGCACAUAUUUUGUGAAGAAUGCAUCUCUUUAUGGUUUAAUAGAGAAAAAACCUGUCCACUCUGCAGAACUGUUAUUUCAGACCAUGUUAACAAGUGGAAGGAUGGAGCCACAUCUAUGCAUCUCCAGAUUUUCUAAAGCUUGUCAAACAGUUUGGGUUCCAGUUUGUUUGUUCAUGUUAAGGUUUUUCAGUUUACUGCACAUUAAACUGUAGGUGGCACGAGGAAGGAGUUUCCAAAUUCCACAUACCAUGUAUUUAAAACAGUGCAGAAAAUGGCAACUUGACCUUUUCUAAGUAGAGAAAACUUUUCAGAAUGAAUGCAGAAAAAGCCAGCAUUGCUUCUCUUGUGACUCUCAUAGGAAACAGUCAAAUCUUUGAAAUGUGCUGCAUUACUUCUUAAUUCAACAUUUUCUUUUAGAAGUUCUGUAGGGUUCCAGGCUGUACUAAACUGCAUUCAUCCUUCUAACACAACUCAAGCCAAAAGGCCAACCUACUGAUUUUAUUAAGAUUAUGAGCAAAUUUCAUCCUCUGGACUGCAGUGAGAAUUAGAGCUGCUUGUGACUCCUGGCAUUAAAGAUCUUUAAUGCUUGCCCAGUAAAUGGGAGAAAUGAGCUUUUUAAUGCACCUGGACCAGCAACUAUUUCUCACUGCACCUGUAGAUAAGCACAAGAAUAAGAUAUUUCCCUUUUAGGUUCUUGUAGGCUUCUAAUGGAUCCUUGGCUUAAUCUUUUGGCUUUAAACCAACCACUGAUGUUAGUUUUUUACUUAGCAUUUUAUAAAGCUGGUAUUUUUAAAAGAAAUCUUUAAUACUAUAUUUUUGUCAUAAUAGGAGCCAGAUUUUCUUACAGGGGAGAAUCUAUUUUAUACUCUAUUUGCAAUUUGUAGCUUGCAUAAAAAUCAGAGAGAAUAAAUGCAUUUAAAUC